AUGUCGCGAAACAAAAAGUUGAGAAGAGACGGCGUUAAAAAAGAGGUCCAGGUAACUCCAAGAACUUUGAAACUUAGCAGGGGGAAAAAAUCUGUUACCCGAAACUGUAUCUCGCCAUCGCAGGAGUGUGCAGUGAAACGUAGCGGGCAGCUAGCUCCUCACCCGGGAUCCGAUCGCGGUCCCUGCACCACUCACAGCCAGGUGGCUGAAACGCCAUUUGGGGAAGAGCAACAAAAGCCGCUCACGGGUGACGUGACACUAGGAGUCAUCGAUAAAACGUUCUCACCUCGUGUUGUUGCAACAGGCUUUGUGGAAAACAUUGUGAUUCUUAUCAACGAAGAGGCAAUUAAAGGCAGUCCUUUGGAACCCAGAUGGAUCAGGGAUCUUAUCACACUCCCGCUGAAUUAUAGCUCUCCUACCAGUCCCACGGCGCUGAAUGAUGUCAUGGGAUCUGCAGUUCAGCGAGAUGAAAGGGAUCAAGCAGAACCCGCUGGCACUAGGCAAAGCCUCCAACACACAAUCCACAACACGGCUUGGGAACCGAAAAGGCUACGGAUCCAGCCACUCAGCUCAAGCUUGGGAGAGCCACGGCAUCUCAGCAGGGUGACAGUUGACCUGGUUCUUGGAGGGAUUGAGGGGGGACGUCUGUCAAGACCAAAGUUACAGUCUGUGCAACAGGGCAAGACCACGGGCGUUCAGGAAGAACGUGGCUAUUGGGCUGUGGCACAGCCAGAGGGUCAUGAGAGCAGUGACCAGGCAGGCAGGCCAGCAGGUGAGACUAAAACUCUUCAACAAAAGGGAGCCAUGACUUUCAAAGCGCACCUGGGACAAGAGAGGGCAUUCCGCACCGUUGUGGUUUUACUGGCCUAUUUGCGGCAGUAUACUAGCCUGCUGGGGAAAACCGCACGCCUAGGGGAGUUGCCCCCUUUCUACCCAAAAGUAACGGAGGGAAGGCCCAAAAGGUGGCAUGCUGUUGUCAUCCGCGGCAGAGUUAGGCCACUGACCAGGGCCCGCGUACUUCAGCGGACGCCCACGGCUGCCCCCUCCGUCCCGGAAUGUGGCUUUGGCUACGGGGAGGAUGCCCGGUGCCUGACAUGCCGGCCGCACCGGUUCAAGGAGGACUGGGGCUUUCAGAAAUGCAAGCCGUGCCUGGAGUGCGCGGUGGUGAACCGCUUCCAGAAGGCCAACUGCUCUGUCACCAGCGACGCCGUCUGCGGGGACUGCUUGCCAGGAUUUUAUAGGAAGACAAAACUCGUCGGUUUUCAAGACAUGGAGUGUGUACCUUGCGGGGACCCCCCACCCCCUUACGAGCCACACUGUACCAGCAAGGUCAACCUCGUGAAGAUCCCGUCCACGGCCUCCAGCCCGCGGGACACAGCCCUGGCGGCCGUGAUCUGCAGCGCCCUGGCCACCGUCCUGCUGGCCCUGCUCGUCCUCUGUGUCAUCUAUUGUAAGAGGCAGUUCAUGGAGAAGAAACCCAGCUGGUCUCUGAGAGCACAGGACAUUCAGUACAACGGUUCUGAACUGUCAUGUUUUGACAGACCUCAGCUCAACGGAUCUGCUCCCAGACCGUGUUGUAAGUGUCACCGGGACUCGGCCCAGACCUGCGGGCCGGUUCACUUGAUUCCGUCCCUGUGCUGUGACGAGGCCUGCAGCAUCGACCGGGUGACUCUGGGCUGUAGAGUGCAUUCCAAGACCACUCUUCAGGAGAGACACGCAGGUCCGGUGGGGGAGACCAUGCCCACUUUCUUCGGGUCCCUUUCAAGGUCCACCUGUGGCGAGUUUUCAGAUGCCUGGCCUCUGAUGCGGAACCCCGUCUGUGGUGACAUCUCUUUUUGUGACUCUGAUCCUGAACUCACUGGAGAAGACGUUCAUCCUCUCGGUCCGGAAAACCACUGCUCAUUCUCCUCGGAUUCAGACAGUCGUCAGGAUUCGGUUGGUGGAGCUCUUCCAAUUCAAGCCCCUCCUGAAAACUUGACAGAUGCCGCUGAUUUCUCUAGACCUCACAGCUCACUGACGGAAUCAGUGCUAACUCAGGCUACACUGCCUGCUAGAAGCCAGCUGCAUCAGGAGAGCGGCGACAUGAUCGGCCUGACCGCUCAGACGUCCCUCCAGGAGAAGAAUACGGAUGGAACCCAGCAGGCACUUACUCCUCCGCUUGGGCUUAUGGACUGA